AUGGAGGAUUUACCGAUAUACAAUUGUACAAUUCUGCAAUUUUCUUUGCAAAGCAUAGCGAUAGUCCGAGAUACCAAAAGUAAAAGAAAAAUCUUACAAGAAAUCAUUUUGAAAAAUUGUAUAAUGAUUCGGCUAAAUGUCAGUUAUGUGGAAAAAUUAUCAAGGUUGGCGAAGGGGACAUCAAAUAUGUUGGUCAAUCCUGUGAAGCAUGCCAUCAAUAACAAUAAGCAAUCUAUCCCGCUCCCAUCAAAUAAUACUGAUCAAGAGCAUCCACGGAAAACCUUUAUUCAAAGUAUAUUCGAAGACGCAUCUAAAUUAGUGAGUGGUGACCAAUACACAACAAGUUCUUUAGUCAUUCCCGUAAUUUGCGGGUUAUUUGAAAACCUCAACACCAUAGAAAUAUCACUGGAAACAGAUGUAGGCAAGAUGUUCUGCUCAGCAAUACGGCGUAACAUGAGCAGCAGAUUGUUGGCCUACGAAACAAGAACUGUGUCACAAAUUUCUACAUAUUUGCAUCCAACCUUAAGGACCGGCUUUCGUCAACCUGAAAAUAUGUUAUCUGCUAAAGACCGGGUGAGGCGGGAGUUGGGGAGUCUGAUACUUGACUCCAAAAAUAAAACUGAUGCCCCAUCCUCUGAUUCAAUACCUACGACUGGCAACAGCGAAGCCAGGAAUUUUGGACUUCUUAAAACAAAGAAGGAAUGA